CGUGGGCAGCGCAGCACGGAGCUCCACAAUCCAACAUGGAGUAGGAGGAGAUCUCAGAUGGGGCUCGCGCGGGCCCUCCCUCAUCUCGAGCAGCGAUCAUCGGCCGUAAAGUGCGUGUACAGGACGAGUGCGGGGUGGACGGGGCCUGGACGGACACACACACACACGGACACACUCGACUCGCUCGCAGGGGGGACUGAAAGAAUCCAGACGGAGAAGGAGGAGAAAUUCGGGGGGGGGGUGAAGGUGAAGGAGCAGGAGCAGCAGAAGCAGCAGCCGAUCGCAGGUCCUGAGUGAGCCGCCGGAGGACGAGGACGAGGACGAGGCGGUGUACGCGUGACCAAGUGUGUGUGUCAGUGUGAGUGUGAGGGGAGGCAGGAGGACGCGGCGCGAGGAAGAGGGAAGAUGAGGAGGGGCAGGAGCGCGCACUGCGGGCCCGCGCUGCGAACUUACUGGAGGUGAAAGCAACAGAACAUGACGGAGGAAAGACGCCCAGACGAUGACAGCUACAUCGUGUGUGUCAAAGCCGUGGUCAUGACCCGGGACGACUCGAGCGGAGGUUGGCUCGCCCAGGAGGGCGGCGGCCUCAGCAGGGUGGGCGUGUGCAAGGUACUUCCUGCCGAGUUGCCCGGCCACAGGGACUUCCUUAUCCACGGCGAGCGGCUCCGAGACCGGCAGGUGCUUCUGGACUGCCUGCUCAAGAAGGACCUGGUGUACACCAAGGCCACGCCCACGUUCCACCACUGGAAGGUGGACGACAGGAAGUGCGGCCUGACGUUUCAGAGCCCUGCCGACGCCCGGGCCUUCGACCGCGGCGUGAGGAAGGCCGUCGAGGACCUGACCGACGGUUCCACCACCUCGUCGUCCACCGUCCACAAUGAGGCGGAGCUGGGCGACGACGAUGUCUUUAUGAACGCUACAGACAGUUCAUCAAACUCCUCCCAGAAGAAAGAGAGUUCAGUACCGCCGCUGGGCUCCUCCCACUUCUGUGAGCCGGGUCGCCACCACUGUCUCCUGGGCCACUGGGCCGACCAGCACUGGUCCCCAGAACACUGCUUUCCUGACCAGCCGCUGCCCAGGUUCCCGCGGCACGUCACCUUCAGGGACGAGGACGAGGAGAUCGUGCGCAUCAACCCAAGGGAGCGGCGCUGGCUCAGCACGGGCUACGAGGACUACCGACACGCCGCCGCUGCCGCCACCGCCCGUGACCGCUCCGUCCGAGCUGAGGAGGGCGACACCUACGUGCACUUUGCCAAGGGCGAGUGCCACAAGCACGACUACAGCUACCCCUACGGCCCGGACUGCGGCCAGGGUCUGCGCAAGGGGGGGGACGGGGAUUGCGGCGGCGGUGUGGUGGGGACGCAGCCGCAGACUCUCCCCAGGAAGGGUGACGGGCGGCGCUCGCGCUGCAUCUACUGCCGCGACAUGUUUGACCCCGUGGAGAACGGGUGCGGCCGGUGCCAGGACGCUCCGGACCCCGUACGAGCCUGCAUCCGGCGCGCCAGUUGCAUGUGGUGCGCGGACAGCCUGCUGUACCACUGCUUGUCGGACCCCGAGGGCGACUACUCGGACCCGUGCUCGUGCGAACCGGGCGACGAACGCUUCUGCCUGCGCUGGAUGGCGCUGCUGGGCCUCUCCCUGCUGGUGCCCUGCAUGUGCUGCUACCCGCCGUUGCGUGCGUGUCACCGGGCCGCCGUCGCCUGCCGCUGCUGCGGAGGGAAGCACAAGGCCGUGAGCUGAGGACCCCUUCCGUCACGCUCUUGACGUUUCGGACAACCGUGCUCGCCGAGGAGCUCUCCGGUCCGAGCUCUGGGCUUUUUUGGCAUCUCUUGCGAGUGAACGGAGCGGCGCCACCGGAGACGCCAUCGCCGCCGCCGCCACCACCACCGCCGCCACCAACCUCAGGUUCCGCGAAGGACUGAGACUGAUCACACACACUGUACGCACAGGUACUCUGUUUCCGCAUCAGUUGCUCCGAGAAACCGAAGAGCCGUGUUGCGUUCAGCCACCCUGUGUUUGUAGCAUCGGGUUGCUAAGCAACGAUUACCAUUUUUCUUUUCCACCAAUAGAAGCGUUUCCACGAACCGCCACACUUCCGCGGUACAAAAAGGGAGUUAGUGAAUCGGGGGGGACCGCAAACCCACAGGAAGUAGCGUGUUUAGGUCGGCAGUGUGUAUUCGGGAGCAUCCAGAAAGGGAUGAAAACGCAGCAUCGCUGUGCAUCGAAGGCUGUGUGUGAAAACCACGUGGUCGUCGACAGCUUAUCGUUUCAUUCGUUCGUUUCCAGGGAGAGGCUCAUCUUUUAUAGUGCUUUACAUCCAAAGAUUAACUAUUUAUUUUCUAACUUCACUGAGGAAACAGCCUGGGGGGGGGGGGGGGUCUGUCUGUCAGCUUUGGAUCUGGGUGUGGCCUAUGAGGCUCCGCCUCCUCUCCGCCCGCUCCUCAGUUUAUGGUGCUUUCAUGUUCAUGGUGCAAACAUCAUUUUUGUUACACUCAUGUAGCAGAAAAAUGAGAAUAAUAAAUGAGGUAAAAUCCUGGUUACUGUUAGAUACUACUAUUAUAAUCCUCUGGUUGUUAAUUAUAAAUUCUUUGAAAAUUUAGUACUGAGCAAAACCUUUAGCACAAGGUCAGGGGAACUUUUUUUUUUUUUUUCGCCCAGACAGAUGUACAUCACGGCAUUAGCAACCAACCUGGGGUGUCGAACCCGAGACACGUACAUGGCGGCCGCCCAGCAGGAAAACAGAAACACGCAAUUUCUUUCACGCUCACCACUCUAAUGAUGGUCGACGAUGAAGAUGACAAUGAUGAUGUAUCGCGCAGAGCGGUGGGGGCACCCAAUGAAGCUGUCUGUCAAAACCUGCCCACAGCACCCCGGUGGUCCAGUCGGCUGUUACCCGGAGAUCUCAAUCUGCCCAUUUUUUAGGUCUCAAGGCACUUUGUAGGCAACAGUAGGUGCCGGGGGCCUUUCAGUAAAUUGACUGAUGGGGGGGGGGGGGGGGGGGGGGGGGGGCAUGUGUAGGGCGGCCACCCGCUGGAGGGUUUCUGCGAGUGUGCGUACCGCACAAACAUGCGCGUGUCCUCACGUGACAUAAAAGCAGCCCUUAAAUGACCAGCAGUAACUUUAACUACAGGAGCGACCGGGGGUUUCCGCUUUGCCAGGAGUAACACACACACAGACAGAGACAGAGCUGUGUCAUGCUACCAUCACUCAUCAAGUGAAAAGAGACGUUAUUUUUCUAUGUGGUUAAGAAAUGUGAGCCAGAAGCCUUUGACCUCUUUGGUGCAGUGUGUGUGCGCGCGCGUGUGCGUGCGUGCAUGUGCCUGCGUGCACACGCCCAAGUGCCUGCAGCACGCUUCAUCCCUGGAGAGAGAAGACUGAACCCUGUUCUUUACAAUCAGCAUUUUUACCUCUGUAAAAAAAGGCAAAAUUCUCUAUUGUGUGUAUGAUGUAUAUUUUAGUUCUAUUUUUUUAUAAUUGUUUCUAAUAUGUACCGUCAUGUAGUUCUUGCUGGAGAAGGAAGGCGAAGGACUGUAAAUAGCAGCGUGUCGAGGGGCGUGGCCUGACCGGGAAGCCCUUCUUCGCGUGUGUCCUGUGCUUCCUGGGGCACCACCAGCGGACGGCGCCAAUAAAAGUGAGAGAGCGC